AUGCUGAGAUUCAAUACGAGACAGGUUUACAAGCAGCUUAGAUCUCAGGAUAUUCAAGUCCCCUGGUUUAGAAUUUUCUGUGGCAACACUGCACGACCAAGAGCCCUCAUUACACUAUGGAUUGCUUGUCAUGGAAAAUUGCCUACAAGAAGUAGGCUAUGUCGCUUUGGAAUUGUGAACUAUGCUACCUGUUGCUUCUGUUUAAAGGAUGAAACCAUAGAUCACAUUUUGUUUGAAUGCAAAGACACUAGACAAAUUUGGCAGAAGGUGUUGGACUGGCUUGGGGUCCCACAUGAUCCAAAACCUUGGAGUGAUGAACUGUGUUGGCUAAUACAGCAGUGUAAAGGAAAAUCAGUCAGGGCAGCCAUGCUGAAAUUGGCCUUAGCCGAAACAGUAUAUGGUGUAUGGCAAUUUAGGAACUCCAUUAGUUUUCGCAAAGAGAUGGAUGCAGCAAGAGUGGUUUCUAAUAUUUUGGAUGUAAUUGUGUAUAGGAGUUGGGCCAGCUUAAAACUUAGACCCCAUGUAGCCCAAUUGAUGAUUUAG